AUGGACGCGCUCUUCCUUCCGCUGGCCAACGCUGUUGGUGCCAGCGUUGACCAAAUCAAGCUCAUCUCAUGUCUCCUGGUCGCAUACCCACUCGGAGUUCUGUUCGUUCGCGUACCGACCAGCAAGCCAGCUCUGCGCCAUCUCUUCAGCAUCGGGGUCGCUAUUCUGUUCUUCUUCCCCGUGUUGAAGAUAUACUCAGCGUUUUUCCAACUGCUGGGUAGCAUUUUGGCUACGUACUUCGUUGCGAAAUACAACAAGAGUUCCAGCAUGCCUUGGAUCGUCUUUGCUAUCGUUAUGGGGCAUUUGACAGUCAACCACGUCAUUCGUGCUAUUUACGGGUUCAGCUACGAGACGAUGGAAGUGACUGGUCCUCAGAUGGUUUUGACCAUGAAGUUGACGACUUUCGCUUGGAAUGUAUACGAUGGGCGUCGCAAGACGGAGGAGCUGGACAAGUGGCAACUCUCCAAACGCAUCACCACCUAUCCGUCUCUGCUCGAAUUCCUCGGAUAUUCAUUCUAUUUCCCUGGUAUCCUUGUCGGCCCGUACCUUGACUUCUCGGAAUACAUGGAACUCAUUAAUGAGACUAUGUUCCAACAUGCUCACGUCAAGGCGUCCGUCAAGAAAGGGAAGAGACUCCCGCCGGGCAGAAAGCGCGCCGCAUAUAUCAAGAUGUUCCUCGGACUUGUCUACCUUGGGCUCUUUGUGUUGUAUGGACCGACCUACAACUUCUCAGUGGCGUCGAACCCAGAGUUCAUGAAGAAGAGUCUGUUUGAACGCAUUGUCUUCUUCCAACUCGGUGGUCCAAUCGAACGUUGCAAGUACUACGCUAUAUGGACAUUGACCGAGGGUGCGAGUAUCCUGACUGGCCUCGGGUUCACCGACAUCGGAAUACACGGCAAGCCAAUGUGGGAUGGCGCUGCGAACGUAAAGGUCUGGCAGAUUGAGUUCCCACCGAACUUCAAGGUUCUCCUCGACUCGUGGAACAUGAAGACGAACAUCUGGCUCCGUGAGUGUGUGUACAAGCGUGUCACGCCCAAGGGCAAGAAGCCUGGUUUCAGUAGCAGCAUGAUUACGUUCUUCACGAGCGCUUUCUGGCACGGCAUUGCGAGCGGAUACUAUCUCACCUUCCUCAUGGGUGGCUUCAUCACUGCUGCCGCCCGUCUCGCUCGUCAAAAUAUUAGGCCUCUCCUCCUGCCCACAAAUCCUCAUGACCCUCCUUCACUCGCGAAGCGUCUCUACGACCUCGGCGGAGUAAUCCUUUCCGCUAUGAUCCUCAACUACGCUGCGUCGCCCUUCAUCAUACUCUCUGCCAAGGACUCGAUUGCUACAUGGAAAGCACUUGGGUGGUAUGGCCACAUCGUCGUCAUGGGCAGCUUGCUGUUCUUCUACGCUGGCGGCACCAAAUUCUUCAGGGGCCUGCAGAAGGCUAAGGGAGUCGCCCCUCCUACUCGAGGCGGUAACCCACAGACAAAUGGGAUCGGUACGACUAACGGCAAUGGAACGGCGAGCGGGACAGCGAGUGGGUCAGCGACGCCUCUUUCGGAGAAGAACUUUGUUCUGCCACCUUCGGUUGACAAGAUCUUGCCUCCACCUCAAAAGUAG